ACAAACCAAAAAAAAAAAAAAUACUCUGAAAAACAAACCAAAUAAAUAAACGACUUAGAAAAACUGAAAAGUACUAAAAAAAAAAAAAACAAAUAAAAAUUACUCAAAAAAAAAAAAGUGUGAGAGAAUGUAGUAACUCACAAUGUGGGAGUGGAAAUUCAAGGGUUAACGUCAGCGUGACCAAGCAACGUGCUCCUUCUGGGAACACGAAGGAUGCUUAGUGGACAAAACCAUCUAAAAGAUAAGACGAAAACACAAGCACAAACCACCACGGGGCCGGUCUGACAGAGAGGCAGAGCUCACAUCCAGUUUCUCACGGUGCGAGGUCGCCAGUUCCCCAGCUCUCACCAUGGAGUACAGGUCGGUGGUGAUGUACAUGGAGAUCGGCUGCUUCGUGUCCUGCCUGUGCGGCUGGAUCCUGGUCUGCUCCACCCUCCCCACCGAGUACUGGACCUUCUCCGAGGUGGGCAGCAUCGUGCUGACCACGUCCAACUACUACUCCAACCUGUGGCGGGACUGCAUCUCCGAUACCACCGGCGUGUCCGACUGCAAGGACUACCCCUCCAUGCUCGGCCUUCCCUUGUACCUGCACGUCUGCAGAGCCCUGGCGGUCUGCGCCGUCAUCACCGGCUUCUUCGGCGGCGUCCUCACCCUCAUCGGGAUGAAAUGCACUAAAAUCGGCGGCUCGGAGCUCGCCAACGCCAGGGUGACCUUCGCCGGAGCCUUAACGUACCUGGUGUCAGGUUGCUGUGGUAUGAUCACAUACUCGUGGUGGGCCAACAAAGUCGUGAGAGAAUACCUGGACCCAAAUUUCAGGGAGCAGAAGUUUGAAAUUGGAGCGGCGGUUUUCGUCGGCUGGGGCGGCUCCGUCCUCCUCCUCUCCGGAGGCUCAGUGCUGAGUUACUUCUCUGGAAAAGAAGGUUUGCCGUCAAGCUCUCCGACAAGGACGAGGAGGCCGGCGACUUACGCCACGGCCCGUACCAGGCGCACCUACAUGAUGCCGGCUCGCUCCUCCAGAGUGUCUCUGGGGCCGCCGCUGUUCUACGAAGGCAGGAGGAGCAGAGGGACCAGGGCCACGGUGAAGACCGCAAAGACCUUCAGCCGGGACAGCUUCGUCUGAGUCAGAGGGGAACGGACUGGACACAGUUUUAUCUGGGAAAACGUCCUAAUAAUCAACCUCAUGUCAGGAGCCAGCGUUAGCCUAGCUUAGCAUAAGAGGAAGCUGUUCUGUCUGAUAGAUUUGGGUAUGUCCAGCCUUCAUAUGCUACGCUAUGCUAAUCAUCUUGGACAGAGAGUGAUUUCUGUCUUUUCAUCUAAUUUAUUCCACCUUCAUAUGAACUCCAGCGCCCUCUUGUGGUCGUCAUGACUUCCUAAAAUGUCUUAACUGAUCGUUAAAUGAGGAAACGCUAAUUCAGAAAGCAAACACGUUGAAGCCAUAACCAUAUUUUUUGACUUUUAGUUUUGCCGUUUUGUUUUUCCUUGGUAUUUAUUGUCUCUUUCGUCUGUUAUUAGGAAGCAUCCAGUGUCUUUUGAUUCAUUUCUGCCAAGUCUUUCCAUAAAAGUGGACUUAAUGCUAACGUGUGAUGACACUAAAUAUUUGUUUACAACUGGAUUGAUCGGGAUGUAUCUUAUUAUGUCUGGUCCCUGUAUUUAUAUGCAACUUUAAUUCGAGUCCCGACCCUGCAACUGCUCUGAGCUGCCACUAGAUGGUGCUCACGAUCAAAUAACAAAAGCAAAGAUGAGGCCGCAGACAUUGAGGAUGAAGGUCAGUGACAUUCAGCGAGGACAAAAAUAUCAAGACAGGAAGUGGUUGCAGCUGUUCCAACCAAUAAAAAACUGUUAAAAAUAGUUUUAUUUUCUUUAGCUACUGUUAAAUAAACUUAAGAGUCAAUGUCCAACAGGAACCACUGUGAUUGAAAACUUUUAUUUUUAAAUUUCUUUUCCUCCAAAGCCUCUAAUCCCACACGUUAAGCUUUAACAUAACAUUUCUGUCUUAAGCAGGUUUGUUUAUAAGUUUCUACGUCACAUUUGCGUGUUUUGUUUUGUUUUUUUUCUCUGUAUAACACAAUUAUAUGCUGUUAGUUGAGUUGAUCGUGUACAAAUGUGAAUAUUAAGAGUGUGCGGAAAGUUGAAAAAUGAUAAUAAAUAAGUCAGUUGUUUGUUACAA